GACGAGCAGCAGCAUUCUGAAGAACCUCUGGAGAACCCGAUCAUGGCUGAGAGGAGGAGGACGGAGACGACAGAGGCAGAUCCGGACUUCCUGCAGUUUAACGAUCUCUGCUGUGAGUCUGUUGGAGGAAAGGUGGUUUUUGCGACAGAUGAGUGGUUUGCACCUGCGUCCAACCUGCUGAAGAGAGAGUCACCACAGUUCAUCGCCUCGGCCUUCACCGAGUUUGGGAAGUGGAUGGAUGGAUGGGAGACGCGGAGGAAGAGAAUUCCAGGUCACGACUGGUGCAUCAUCCAGCUGGGCGUGCCCGGCCGGAUCUUUGGGUUUGAUGUGGACACGUCUUUCUUUACUGGAAACCACUCGCCUCAUGUCUCCAUCCAAGCUGGCUGUCUCGGACCGCUGUCCACCUUCACCCCAGGGGAGGACAGGACUGGUAUGGCAGCCACUGAGGGUCAGAUGGCUGCUGUCGCCAAGCUGGGCUCGGAGGCGUGGCCUGAGUUGGUGGGCGUGUCACAACUGAGGCCCGGAUAUUCAGACUGUUGUCACAACUACUUCAAGGUCAACUUCAACGGGAGAGUCACUCACCUGCGGCUCAACAUGUACCCAGACGGAGGCAUCGCCAGAAUUCGCGUGUACGGUGUCGGGCUGAGGGAUUGGUCAUCAGUUCCCACCAAUCAGCAGGUUGACCUUGUGGCUCUAACCAAUGGGGGAGUCUGUCUCGGAUACAGCGACGGCCACUUUGGACAUCCACGCAACAUGAUUGGAAUCGGACAAGCUGCCAACAUGGCUGAUGGGUGGGAAACGGCCCGCAGACUGGACCGACCCAAAGAGCUGAAGACAGAUCAUCAGGGUAUCCUGCAGGUUCCCGGCUGGGAGUGGGCUGUAUUCCGUCUCGGUCAUCCUGGAAUAAUCAGCAGCAUCGAGGUUGACACAAACCAUUUCAAAGGUAAGAAGACAUAUCAGCAGCUUCUCUUCUCCAAAAGGUACCUAACCUUACAGUAUUUUCAUUCAGGUAACUUCCCAGACUCCUGCCGGAUCGAGGCGUGCCUCUUGAGUCCUGAAGAGGAGUCCCAGUGCAUCACAACCAGGUGGAAUUCUGGGAAAUGGAAGCUCCUUCUCCCUCCUCAGAAGCUCCGAUCACAUCGCAGGCAUUGCUACGCUACAUCAGACCUGAUUCUAGAUCAGCCGGUCAGUCAUGUCCGCUUCAUCAUCGCUCCCGACGGGGGAGUCAGUCGUCUACGUCUGUGGGGCCGACCCACAUCUGCUGCUCCCGCCAAUCAGAGAAACCCACUAUCCAAACUGUGAUGCCUCCGAGCUUGUCCAGCAGCAUCAAACCAAUCAGACAAACUAAAGUAUCGUGGAAUCUGGUCCUUCGAGAACCUGCAGGAAUAUUAAAUGUGUGUGCAUAAAAAGCAGGGGACUCCUGUUUAAAGUGCAGCAGAAUGUAUAUGCUGGAAUAAAAAAUCUGAAGCCCAUAACAAAUAACAAA